AUGCAAUCUUCAACAUCGGCUGCAGACUCACCCACCCCCACUGCUGCUGUUCCACCUCUGACACCUCAGACACUUCACACCUCCUCCACUCACACUGCUCACUACUCUCCACCCCCAACCAAAGCAUCCAGUUCACAUCCAACACACUGCUCCAGCCUGUCUCUCUCAACCUGUCACAUCUUCAACCUGAGCCUGAGGCUGGGGACAGUUCCACAGCUCUGGAAAACCUCUUGUGUGGUACCAGUGCCAAAGAUUCCACGUCCCAAGGACCCCAACAGCUACAGGCCGGUUGCUCUGACAUCCCACUUGAUGAAGACCCUGGAGCGGUUGGUCCUGGCUGAGUUUCGGCCCCUGGUGAGCUCAUCACUGGACCCACUUCAGAUUACCUACCAGCCUGGCACUGGAGAGGAUGAUGCAUUCAUUCAUCGCCUUCUUUUCCUUAUUUCAUUUACACCACAUUGCAAUAGAGGAAACAUUCUUGUGGUUCCUGUAGAUGGCAGCCACUGGGUCAAUCUGAAAAUCCUUCUCGAAGAACUUCAUGCCAGGGGACACAACCUCACUGUGAUCAGGCCGUCUACCAGCUGGUACAUCUCUGAAAAGUCUGAUCUUUACACAUCCAUUACAAUUGAAAUGGAUGAAGAUCUUGAGCAUUUUUUAGAUGGGUCCAUAGAGGAAUACAUCAGGAUGCAAAGAGAGCGAGCUUCACUGCUGAAUUCCUUCAAAUGUAUAAAAAAAUCCCUCUCUAUGAUUUUUCAAUUCCAUUCAUUGUGGUCUGAGUUCAUAAAUCAAAUCCUUGAUGAUCAAAAUAUGGUGAAAAUAUUAGUAGUUUCCCAGUAUGAUCUGCUUCUAACUGAUCCUGCCAUGCCAUCAGGGGCUGUUCUAGCCAAAUAUCUCAAACUUCCAUUAGUACUUUAUGUACACUGGAUCCCUAGAGGGGAAGGCCACUUUGUGUUGACCCCUUCGCCACUCUCGUAUAUCCCGGUGCUAGGAUCUGGUUUAACAGACCAAAUGAGCUUUAUCCAGAGGAUCAAAAAUAAAAUUUUCUAUAUCUUUACCUUGUUCCAGCAGAACUUUAUUUUUCUGCCAAUCUAUGAUGACAUGUGUAAUAAGUAUAUUGAGGGUGGAUGUGAUGUCAUCUCAGUACUACAGGAAGCAGACAUUUGGUUGAUCAGAUCAGAUUUUGUGUUCGAGUUCCCUCGCCCCACUAUGCCAAACAUAGACUAUAUAGCAGGAUUUCAGUGCAAACCAGCUCGGCCUCUGCCAGCAGAGCUGGAGGAGUUUGUUCAGAGUGCCGGGAAGCAUGGAGUCAUCAUCAUGAGCCUGGGAACUUAUGUCGAUGCUUUGCCCAAAGAGGUUACAGAUGAAAUCACCAGUGCCUUUGCCGAGAUGCCCCAGAAGGUGAUCUGGAAGCAUAAAGGAGACCCACCCUCUACACUGGGAAACAACACACUAAUAGUCGACUGGAUGCCACAGAAAGAUCUUCUGGGUCAUCCACAGACCAAAGUCUUUGUAGCCCAUGGAGGAACUAAUGGUGUCCAGGAGACCAUUUACUAUGGGGUCCCUGUGCUCGGCAUACCCUUGUUCUUCAACCAGUAUGACAACCUUCUACGACUGCAGGAGAGAGGAGCUGGAAAGAUUAUUCAGCUGGCUGAUGUUAAUGGCCACAGUUUUGAGCAAGGCCUUAAGGAAGUGAUCCACCAAGAGAGCUACAGGCAGAACAUUCAAAGACUGUCACGUUUGAGACUAAAAGAUGAAUAA